AUGGCGUUGUCCUGCAGCGUCGUUGUGACCUUGGUAGCGGUGGCGCUGCUGUCGCUGGCGGUGGCGCUUGCGCAGCGGUGUGAGCGCCCGCCGACGCUGCCUGCGGGUCCCCGCGGCGUGCCCUUGCUGGGAAACCUGCUCUCGGUGGGCGCCACUUUCCACUUGGGACCAUGUCCACGCUGGGCGGCACUGUACGGCAACGUCUUCAUGAUAAGGCUGGCCGGCAUCAAAGUUGUCAUUCUGAAUGACUACGAAACUGUCAAGAAGUUGUUCACAAGAAAAGAGCUCCUGCAUCGCUCUAAGGACUGGGCACUCACAAGCACCACAGAAGGCUUAUCGGCGCUCAACGGCAAAGCUUGGAAGGAGAACCGACGGGUGUGCAUGCAGGCGAUGGCUGAGCUGGGUUUCGGCAAGGAUGUCAUGUGGAUUCGAGUCCAGGCAUGAAGUAUUUUUUCAUCAACACGCAGUGAGGCAAUCACUGAUGCUGCAAAGUCCAGAAACAGUAGAAGUGAUUAAGCGUUCCGUAAAAUCGUCGCGACCUUUACUUUCUUGUGUCGAAAAUAUUAAGGGGCAUUUGCGUUCUCACAGAAUAGUGACGAAUGCAUCAUUCAGUUUUAAUUGGGGAGAUUACUGCUACUUAGAAACUAUUAUCAAGAAAAACAUCACUGACCAAUGCUUGUUACGUUUGAGAGGAGAUAAUGAAGACGGAGUUGAUACUAAAGUUAGCACUUUCAGAGAGAAACAGAGAUAAAUGAGACGCGAAAGGUGGAAUUAAGCUUAACCUGAAGAUGAGCACCCGGUCCGCUACCCUGAACAGGGGAAGGGGUAAGCGGAGACUGAAAGACA